AUGCUGGUUUCCGGGGUUGAGGUCCAAAAUGCAUCAGAUCGAAUGAAGGCUUUCAAAAAUCCACCGCAGCGCCUGCCAAAAAGGAGGAGGAUGAGAGUCGUGACGAAGAGGGAACAAUCUGAGUUUCUACCCAUAGUCCUCAACACCGACUCCUGUUGCAAGCACAGCUACGUGGUGGAAUACGUUAAGAGCGACCACAUCACACCUAUGGGGCAGAUUGUCCGCCCUAAUUCAGACCACGGCGGAGAGGCAGACGUGGUGGUCAGUCAGCUAGCGUCCUUCCGGGGGGCCAAGGGGCACCUGACCGCCAUGAAUGUCCAAAAUAAUUCUUCUCCUUUUAUCUUUUUUCAGCUUCAAUUCAUCGACACUGUUGUUGAGCGGCAGCCGAAGCUGAGGCGUCAGAGAUGUAUCUUCACUAAAGAGAGAGGGAAGAACUUCCUCAGAGCGGCCCAGAUGAACAUGAAUUUCGCCACAUGGGGUCACCUGAUGAUGAACAUCCUCCCUCGCUACAGCUCCUUCACCACCUUCAGCUCGUCCAUCUAUACGCCCCCCGACCUGGUGGCCAACAACCCCCCCCCUCCAACUGAGAAGAAGCCUCUAGCUACCACUCCACUGCCAAGCGAGUCUCCAGAAGUCAGGCUCAGCCUCACUGAGGAUCAGCCGUCUCCCACCAGCCUCCAGCCGGGAGAAGACCCCCCCGCCAUCAUCACCACAGCACACAAAACAUCCUCUGUGCCUGCCUCGCAAGAAAAUCUGUCUUCCAUAAACAACAAAGAAGAAAGUGGAGACCAGCCUGUAUCUGCUCUAAAGAUGCAGAUGGAUGAUUUCAAAUACUUUUCAGUUCUGGGCAGAGGACACUUUGGGAAGGUUCUGCUGGCAGAGUUCAAGAAGACAGGAAAACUGUAUGCCAUCAAAGCCUUGAAGAAAAGAGACAUUGUGACACGAGAUGAAGUGGAGAGCCUCAUGAGCGAGAAGAGGAUCUUUGAGAUGAUCAACGCGUCCAGACAUCCGUUCCUGGUGAACCUCCAUGGCUGCUUCCAGACCAGCGACCACGUCUGCUUCGUCAUGGAGUAUUUACCUGGAGGAGACCUCAUGAUCCACAUCCACAACGAUGUGUUCAGCGAGGCCCAGACCAGGUUUUAUUCCGCAUGUGUCCUGCUGGGUUUAGAGUUUCUCCACCUGAAUAAAAUCAUCUAUCGAGAUCUGAAGCUGGAUAACCUGUUGAUGGAUGCAGAUGGGUUUGUGAAAAUCACAGACUUCGGACUUUGUAAAGAAGGGAUGGGUCACGGAGAUCGGACCUCCACUUUCUGUGGGACUCCUGAGUUUCUGGCUCCCGAGGUCCUGACAGACGACAACUACACCCGGGCGGUGGACUGGUGGGGGAUGGGGGUCCUGAUCUUUGAGAUGCUCGUUGGAGAGUCUCCGUUUCCUGGUGAGGAUGAGGAGGAGGUGUUCGACAGCAUCGUCAAUGAUGAUGUGCAUUAUCCAGGGUCUCUUCCUCCUGAUGCGGUCUGCAUCAUCAAGAAGCUGUUGAAGAGGAAUCCUCUGAAAAGACUCGGCGCUGGAGAGAGAGAUGCAAAUGAGGUCAAAGGGGAGAAAUUCUUUGAGACCAUCGACUGGGAAGCCCUCCUGGCUAAGACAGCCAAGCCACCAUUCCUGCCGUCAAUCAAAGAGUCAAUGGAUGUCGGAAACUUUGACAGCGAGUUCACUCAACUCCAGCCAAUCCUGUCGCCUCCCGCCAAACCCUUUAUCCUCUCUGCUGAGCAGCAGGAAGCCUUCGCAGACUUUGACUUCUGUGCUUUGCAUGGAUAAAAGAGGAGCUGAAAGGUCCAGGGUGGGAAAUGUAUAACUUUUAGUCUGCGGAUGGAACUCUGUCCACUUUAGGAGUCACCAACCAUCAUCAUUUACAUAUUUGUAUAUCCAACCCCACUAUACUUGCAAGUAAAAUAAAUAAAUUAACUAGCCAUUUACAAUUUUUUGUAAAACAUUAAUGGUUUAGCGGUUUAGCCAAAUGACUGUAAACAACACUUAAAAUGUGCUGUAUCAGCUCAUUUAUUAUCAGUCAAUUGGCAUAAAUGAGCAUAAUAAGUGACAAUUAUUAUAAGUGAUUAUUAUCUAAAAUAUAAAAUAAAGUACCAAGAGUAAAAGUACUCUAACAGUGUAGCCCAUUUUAGAAUAAUGCAUUUUAUAUAAUUGGAUUAUAUUUUAUUGGUGCAAUAAUGUGUUUUAGAGAUGCAAUCUAUUAUUCAAUAGACAGAAAAUGAUAUGGCAACUAUUUGUGAACUCAAUUGAUCACUAAGGUUAUCUUUAAUGCAAAAAAUGCUGUUUUCACGCUCUCAAAUAUAGAGAUGUCUUCUCUCUCUAUUUCAUUUCCUAGGUUUUUGAUUGAUGUAACAGACAUUUAAAGACAUCAACAUGGCCUUUGAGGAAAUAAAAAAGGAACAUUUUCACAAAUAUUUGGACAUUUUAUAGACCAAACUAUAACCAAAAAAAUAAAAUGUAUUGAGGGGGAAUAACCUGAAAAUAAUCGGCAGAUAGAUUUGAAAGUCUGCAAAGUUGCCUAAAAGGACACAUUAAAAGGCAGUGGAGUAAAAUGUACAAUGUAGCAUAAAAUGGAAAUACUGAAGUUAAAUACAAGUACCUCUUUAGUACCUUUAUACGUUUCCCAGCCUGGUCUCGAUAGCACCAACUGAACUAACACCCUGUAUAAUUCUGCAGCUCAAUCAUUACAACAGGAACUCUACAUACAAUCCCAUGGCUGAUUUUGCUGACUGUUCUGACCGCCAUCCAAUCGACAGCCAAUAGUCGAUAAAAUAAACGAGGCAGAAUUUUGUUUUUGUAACAGAGCAAAAGAAAGUGAGUAUAACCCUUUAUAUUUUCUGUGGAGAAUCAAGCUUUGCUCUGUUUGUUCAUGCAGUAAUAAUAAUAACUCACAUGCUGUUGAUAUAAAGAGUAUAUUUAUGAGAUCUGGUCAGGUGAAAUGUCUACAAACAGGGUGCUUGAAGAGUUUAUAAGUACGUUAUCACGCCAUCUUUAGGGUUUCAUUUCAUGAAUUCAAUGCUCGAAAAUGUGUUCCGUAUCAGAACAAAUGCAGGGGGUUUAUAAAAUAGUGCAAACUAAAUCUUAAAUUGUUGUAGCCAUGCAGGUAAGACUGUCAAGAAAGGUCUUGGAUCAAUUUAUUUCCAUUUUUGAGGUUGAAAAUCAUGUCUUCCAAUGACUAUUUGUGAGCCUAAUGAAGAUGACCAUUGUUCAUUGUCAGUCCAUUGACAUAAUUUUGCCACUUUUCCUCUUGAUACACUACAUAUUUUUUCUAAUUUUGAAUCUGAUGCACCAGUAAUUUAGGCAGCAGCUGCCUUGUCCUCUCAUGCCCCUUUCACACCAACGCGUUUUCAGCUACGGCUCGGAGCUGGAGCCUGAAAAGUACCUUUUUU